AUUUUUAAUCUAGCUAGCUUCAUGCAGGUUUCCGCGUGUUGAUACUGAAGAGAGAGGUUCGAGGAGAAACAAGUUUUUCGCACCUCGUAGACCCAAAUUCAGGCCAAAACCAGAGCAAAAUGGACAUGAAGAAGAGAGUCUCCUUAGAACUAAGGCACCGGUCGCCGACAGAAGUCCAGGAGCUGGUUCUGGACAACUGUCGCUCCGGAGAAGGAAAGAUCGAAGGAAUCACAGAAGAGUUCUCCAACCUGGAGCUGCUCAGCCUCAUCAACGUGGGCCUGACCAGCGUAGCAGACGUCCCCAAACUGGACAAACUCAAAAAGUUGGAGUUGAGUGACAACCGGAUAUCGGGGGGUCUGGAGGUCCUGGCAGAGCGGCUGGUGAACCUGACGCACCUCAACCUCAGCGGGAACAAGUUCAAAGACAUCAGCACCCUGGAGCCGCUGAAAAAGUUGCCCCAGCUGAAGAGCCUCGACCUGUUUAACUGCGAGGUGACCAACCUGGCCGACUACAGGGAGUCCAUCUUUAAGCUCCUCCCCCAGCUCACCUACCUGGACGGCUACGACAUCGACGACUGCGAGGCGUCCGACUCGGACGGGGAGGGGGACGGCGUGGAGGACGAGGACGAAGAGGGUUUGGAGGGCGAGUCGGAGGACUUUGACGAAGAGGAGGAGGAGGAUGAGGAGGACGUUGUGGCCGAAGAGGACGACAGUGCUGACGACAGCGCUGAAGAGGAGGGAGAGGUGAACGGAGACCUGGACAGCGAAGACGAGGAAGAUGAGGACGACGAUGACGAGGUUGUUGUUUUGUCUUCUGCAGACGAGGACUCGUCUCCGGCCAAAGGAGAGAAGAGGAAGAGGGACCCUGAGGAUGAGGAGGAAGAGGAAGAUGAUUAAGGACACCCUCGCCUCUUGCCUGUUGACCCCAUCCUCCCCCCUAAAUGACCCCCCCACCACCCCACUCUCCUGGGCUGCGUUCCAUUUGUACAGCCGGCCUCCUCCUGCUGCGUCCUCGUCUCCUCCUGCUGCGUCCUCGUCUCCUCCUGCUGCGUCCUCGUCUCCUCCUGCUGCGUCCUCGUCUCCUCCUGCUGCGUCCUCGUCUCCUCCUGCUGCGUCCUCGUCUCCUCCUGCUGCGUCCUCGUCUCCUCCUGGUGCGUCCUCGUCUCCUCCUGCUGCGUCCUCGUCUCCUCCUGCUGCGUCCUCGUCUCCUCCUGCUGCGUCCUCGUCUCCUCCUGCAGACUCAGACCUAAUUUUUCAAUCUUUGCCAAAGUUUCCCUCGAUCCACAAAUUUCAGUCUUUUUUUUUGAAUCAUCUCAUCAAAAGAUGCAAAGAUAGUUUCAAACCGUCUCCAGGUUCCCUCUCAGGCUUCUGAUCACUUUGUGGUGAGACCAUUAUUUUUCAUCACUUUCUAUAAAAUGCAAAAAUUGUACUAGAAAAAAAGCCCAUUUCUAUUUUCUCAGAGCAGAAAGUUAACGGAUGUUUAGUUUUUCAAUGAAACCUGAAGCGCGUCUGGGAUCCAUAACUAGAAGCAGGAUUAAUCUUAAAUAUUCUGUCAAUCGAUCAAUAAACCUUUGACCUACUUUGUUUUUCAGAGGAUUAUGAAGCUUUAUGAACUCUAAAUGUUUACGGUUAUCAACUUAAAAAUUCUUAUUUUAAACCUCUGGGCGCAAAGUGGAAGAUUCCUACUCUGGAGAGACAAGUGAACGUCACACCCCCCCCCCCUCUCCCCCCCCCCUCCAGGCAGAGUCGGGUCAAACUGUUCUUUUGUGCCAACAGAGCUUUUUAAAAGAAAUAUUUUUUCAGAGAAAUGUUUUUUUUUGUUUAAUUUUGUAUCGCCGUCUCUUACAUGUCCCCCCCCCCCCCCCCCCCCGCUCAGAGAUCCAGUCGAUCCUUCACGCUCACACCCACUAGUUGACCAUGUGUUUUUCUUUCUUUUUUUUACUUUCUGUAAGUUAAAGGAAAAUCCAACAAAAAAACACACAAGGACUUUGUAAAUAAAAUCUUAACAUUUUG